AUGACUUCCAAACAAAAAACCAAUCGUCAAGUUAUCCUACAAUUAUGGAAUCAGAAUAUUAGAAAUGUCAGAGAAAUCUAUAAUCGAACUGGUAUUUCCCUCACCACUAGCAUUAGACCAAUUCAUCCACUGGGAUUCUUCUGUUUCAACAAGGUCCCUAUCGAUAAGGUUGUCUUUGACAGGUUGAAUGUGUCUUAUAGGAUGGUAG